ACAGCAGCAAGGGAAAAAAUGGUCUGCAGCUUGACUUGAGUUUUCUUGUACAUGUCAACCUAACGGCGCACAUUGAUCCCCGCUGGUAUUUCCGGGUCUACUUGAGAUCUUUUGCGUGUCUGUUCCCAAUUAAAGGAGCUCUGUCAUUAUGUAUUUGGAUACCCGCUCAACGUCCCAUGCUUAGACUCAGGUUAGUUAGCCCGAGGUGUGCUGAAAUCGAAUAUGUUUUUAUUUCCGGCGAUACAGGCACAAGCAAGUGAAGCUGAAGUGAAUUUCCCAUGAUAUUAUUUGAUGUAGGCUGAGCUGGUUUAUUAGAGUGCAUGUGUGUAGUCAUUGGGCUGUUUUAAAGGGCUACACAUUGAUCCUAGAAAAGGAAUGUUACACUGUGAGAUGAGGAAAAGUGGGACAAACAACAACAGAAGGGGGAGGAGAGAGAGAGAGACAGACAAAGAGAGAGACAGACAAAGAGAGAGAGAGAGAGAGAGAGAGAGAGAGAGAGAGAGAGAGGACAAGAAGAUAGACCAGUGUGGCCGGUUUGUGUCACUGUACACAUCCCAUCAUGCAAUGCUAAGAGAUAGAAAAAAAGGGAGCAUGGAUAAGGACUUGAUGUCAUUACACUUCAGAUCGCAGCCUUCAUUAUGAAGCCUCAGCAACACUAUAAUCUAACAAAGGUUUCACUGAGUUGUUGACUACCUCUGGCUGUGGAAGGCUGAUACCUGCACUGCACACCGAGACUGAUUGUGUCACAUUUUGACGUCCCUCGCUGGAUUGCAGCUGAGCAUUGGGAGCUCAUCGUUUAAGCCUUGCCGGGGAAUUAAAGACUUCCAAGGAUAGAGCAACAUAACAAUGAAUACUUUUGGACAACCACUCAUUAAUACACGAUGGGCAUCAAUCUAAUGUUGGCAACUGCUGCUGUCCCAUCCCUUGGAAUUGUAUAAAUAAACCCAGUGCAGUCAUCAAUUUACUUUUUAGGGAUUUGGCUCUUGACAAGUGCUCAUUAACUUUGUUUAUGCUCUGACAAUGGAUGUGUCUCUACUCCCCACUCCAGUGACUGAGUACACCAAUUCAAGGGGUUUAGCGUGCUUCACUGUGAGUUCUGCCAACUCUCCCUCUAACAGUCUUACUCGCAGGCCAGGUGUUAGGCGAGACCGAGCUUCUUCCGCUGAGGUGGUGGCCAGAGCUGAGGACAUUGAAGAACGAGGGAAGCAAACUGGAUUAAUUGGAUCAAGCAAGAGAGGCAGAUUGAUCGACGACCAGGAUCUGAGGACAGAUUUGAUAUCUGAUUUCCAAACCAAGACCUCGAGUGGAAUCAAUGGCAAAAGUCGGAACGAAGAAAAUGAACUAUCUGGAAGCAUAGUGUCUUCCAGUCUGACUCACAAUGACACAAUAGACAAGAAAGCCACAGACUUUGGCAUAAACAGAAGUCGUAACUAUAACCCUACAUCCGAGAGUGAGACUAGAACAGACUGGAGAAAGAGCAACCUGACAAGUAGAAGCAGGAGUGUCGAUUGGAGGUCAGGAGCAAGAAGUCCUGAUCGGGGCACGCAACGACAUGAUGUAUCAGAAUGGUCAAGUGAAGAAAACAAACUGAAGGAGAGUGACACUAUAGGCCUUAAAGGUCGAUCCAUGUCUUCAUUCAGGGCUUCUGCAGGGGGUUCUCAAGGCAGAAGUAUCCCUAGAAAUUAUUUGGAGCAAACUUCAGAAGCAAUGGAUGGAGAGAACUCCUUCCCUUUAAAGCUAAAGUCUUCCCCUGAAGCUAUCUGUGAAAGAGAGGCAGGUUCUAUUGGGACUAUAAGAGGCCAGAGUAUAUUAGAACGGAUUGAGAAGCUCUAUGGCUCAUCAAAAAGUGACGAUUUGAGCAAAUUUAGGACUUUUGUUUCCUCAGAGAAAGACCGAUGUGAUGGAAAGGGUGUCUUGAAAGUUUUGCCAAGUUCUUGUGACGAGGAAAAAGGAGGAACUUUUCCCAGGCGUGGCUCUGCUGUUGAGAAAAGCUACUAUAGUCCAGUGGACACAAAUGGAUCAUACACUGGGACACAUUUAGACACCAAUGUUCCAGGUUUUAACAGUUCACCAGGCCCAAAAACCUGGGCGAAAUUACCAGUGGGACACUGGCAAGAACGAAUCUAUGGGAGGUAUUCGGACGUAGGUGGAGUUAGCGGGGUUACAGGAUCCAUGGAAACAAUGUCUCUGGAUAGAGCAAGGAGCAGAAACACCAUAGCUAAUCAGAUUAGAAUGGCUCAGACUGCUCAGUCAAACACUUUAUUAGAGCAGACAUCUCCAAGCAGAGUGGGAAGUGGAAGCAUAGAUCUUGGAAGGGAAAGUUGGCAAAGAGAAAAGACUGAAACUAGCAGAAUAAAUAGGACACAGAGAAGAUUUACACAAGAAAAGGGAAAUGUGACAGGAGAGGCUGAUUUAAAAGGAAGUUAUGAAGAUGAGUUUGGGUCACUUCGACAAAACUUUAGAGAAAACACACUGGGGUACACGGGAACUUCGGAGACACUGUCCCCAUUAGUGAGUGUGAGAAACAAGAUUAAUCAGUUUGAGGCUCUGACACAAAGAUCUCAGGGUUUUGUAAAGGACCAAGGUGCCUUGCCCAGACGUGCCCUUUCUGUGCCAACUCGACUCAACAGCGACCAUGAUGGCUUGAAGAGCGAGUCAACAAUUGGUAGUCACCAUUUUGGGCAGCGGGAGAAGGGUAGGAAAGCAGAGGAGAAAUUAGGUGAAGGUCAACUGAUAAGUCAGUCGCAAAGGUCUUGGUCAGUGGAUGACAGUGAAAAAUGGGUACGAGAUGAUUUAGCAAAGAAAGAAUGGACAACUAUAGAUCGUGUUAACAAAUACACAGUCAGAAAUUUUAGUGAAUAUUCCAGGUUGAAUAAUACACCAAAAUCCCACCAAAAAGAAGAUCCUCUACAUUCUACAAACUUACACUUAGACGAACCGGAUUUGUGUAAAGUCUCAAGCGACAAAGACUGGAGAAGCACCAAUACAGAGUUACCAAAUGACCCUGAACCACGCCCGUAUGCUGAGCUCUCAGGUAUAAAAAAUGUGAAACCUACCCUGAUUUUAUUAGCAGUUACUGAUGAUGACAAGACUCCGACAAACACCCCAAACCACUCGCCUCUAUGCUCUCCAGUCUCAUUACUAACCAACACUCCUCUACUUGUACCUACUGAAAAAGAAAAUCGCCGAGGCCCUUCAACCACCAUGCGUCCCCUUGCCGCCUCCUCUCGCAGCAACCUUGCAGAUCUCAUGUUUCCAGAUGUCACUGAUGUUGACGCAAAAGGAAAGAAGGUGUUGGACCUGGAUGCUUGGGUGGCAGGCUGGAAGGCUUGGCGGAACGAUGAUGACGACGAUGCAAGCACACAGAAAGAUGACAAUUCAAACUACGAUUCAGACUCUGGAGAGUCCUCGGUAACCAUAACCAGCCACAUGAGCCUGUCAGACCGCAGGAGCUUCUCCGUCAGUCUCGCAGAACUGUGUUACUUUACCGGAACUGACUACGAAUCAGAGAACGACGACGAGUGGCCAGGGGCAGUGGGCAAUAGGUCGACAUCACUGAGAUCUGACAUGUCAGCACUAUCAUACGUGUCUGUGAUGCCCAGCGAGGAGCUCGACAAGCUCCUGGAGGAAGUCAAGGGCCUGGGGAACAGCACCGUGCAGGAUGACAUUAAUGUUGUGGUUCUCCACAAGGAGAUUGCUGUCGGGCUGGGAUUUAGUAUUGCAGGAGGCGUCGACCAAAACAAACCAGUCACUGUCCACAAAGUGUUCCCCACUGGUGUGGCAGCACAAGAAGGCUCGAUUGGAGAAGGGGACCAGGUCUUGUCAAUCAAUGGCACUGCGCUGGGGGGCCACACUCAUUGGGAGGCUCUGAGGGUCCUGAGACGAGCCAAGACUCGUGAGAUGGGAGUGGUGGUCCUGAAGAGGAGGGGCGUCAGCAUCUUGAAGGGGGAAGAAGGUCAGACUGAGGAAGCAGCGCCAACUCAGAUCCCAGACUCAGGUCAGGCUGUUGAAGUGUGUCUGGAGAAGAAAAGCAGGGAUCUGGGCUUCAGUUUAGAGGGAGGUGCUGAUCUGGGAGACAAACCACUCACCAUACAGAAGAUCUUCCAAGGCGGUCCAGUGGACAAGAUAUGUCCUGGUGAUGAGGUGAUGGAGAUCCAAGGUGUGAGCACGGUAGGAAUGAGGCGCCUCGAGGCCUGGACUUUGAUCCGAGGACUUCCUCCUGGACCUGUAGAUAUGGUAAUACGCCGGCCUUGUAAAGCUCCGGAACCGUAGGGAUUGUGGAAGCAAAUCUGAUCUGGACUUUUAAAAACAACAACAAAUACGCCACUUAGUCAUAUGUUUUUAACAAAGCUAUUUACAUAAGAAGCACAAGCCGGAUUUUAUCAAGGUAUGAAUUUUACUUCAAGCAUAUUUAAAGUUGUUUAACAGAUGCAGCUACCUCAAAGCCAUAUAUGAACGAAGAGCAACAUUGUGUAAUGUACUGUGAAUAGAUGCUAACAGAAUUUAUAUUGCUUUUUAAUAAAGCUGAACUCAAAUGGGUGCCCUUUGGUUUUACUUCCUGCAGAUGACAGCAGAGUGCUGUGUAUAUGCUGCAAAUAUAGACCAGAGUCUGUAUAAAGAGAGUAUGGCCAACUUGGUUUCAGGUGGUCUCCUCAGUGAUUGGUCAAAAGACACUCACGUGACUGCAGGGCGCCAUGACUGUUACCAACUUUGGGCUGAUGCUAUGUGAGCUAAUACAAAUAACAAGAAAUUAACACAUUAAAGAGAUGGUUUGACGAAAACAGACUAUCAUCGAAUCUCAGUAAAACUAAGAUAAUGCUAUUCGGGAACAGCAAAAAAGAAAGUCGAACACAAAAACAAGUUGACGUUAAAAGAGUAAAAGAGACCACAUUUUGGGUGAAUAAUAGAUGAUAGUGGAUCAAUAGUUUGUCUAAGUCUCAACGUACAGGAAAAGCACAAGUGAUUACAAACAAAAUAUUGGCUGCAGCCACCACCUUUUACAUACUUCACACAAAAGUCAUUAUUUUUCUGGGAUUGUUGGUCCAAAGCUAAUGAAGAUUUUAGCAAAAUGAGGAUAAUAAGAUAUUUUGGUAACACUUUAGUAUGGAGAACAUAUUCACCAUUAAUUAGUUGCUUAUUACAGUAACAAAGACUUAAUUUAGAGUUAUUUGGACACUAGGGGAACAUAUAAGGGUUAGGGUUAGGGUUACAAAUAAGCAAUAAUUCUGAGGUUAUUGAGGGAAGACACUUAGUUAAUGGCUUACUGGUUGUAUAAUACGGCCAUGCAGAAUAAGGCAUUAAUAAAUACUUAAUAAUGACUAAUUAAGACCCAAUAUGUUACUAAUUUGCAUGUUAAUAAGCAACUAAUUAAUGGUGAAUAUGUGUUCCCCAUACUACAGUGUUACCGAUAUUUUUUGGGUCGUGUAUUUUUUACCUUCUGCGUGUUAGAGAGACUGCUUGCUGGUCACUAAACACUGCAUGAAUGUAGCAGCAGAGUGCGUCAACAACUUUUGUUAUGAGCUGGCGUAUGUUUAGAACUGUAUUUAGACAUAUUAUUUUUAUUUAUUUUGUCAGAAAAACUAAUGUCAAAACGAUAGCAAUUGCAUGCACCCGGGCACAGCCACAUGCGUCCGUAGUAGCAGAAAUGGCGACUGUUGUUUAGUUGGCUUACACAACUCUGGUCUAUAUUUGCAGUUCCCUGAGUAUAA